GCGGGUCUCUUCAGGCAGCCAGUCCCAGUGUGUUUCUGUGUAGUGCGUGUGCGUGCGGGUCGUGCUUCCUCCAAUACUUUUCAGUGGUCAAGCUAAAACAGGACUGUGGGAAUCCUUCACACAGCCUGUUCCUUGCGGCCUAGCAGAGCGACGCCUCAACGCUGGCUCGUGUACGGGGGGACCAGCGGCUGUCUGCCGGCGCUGACUGACCGUAGGGCGGCACUAUAGGGAGUCACCAAAAGGCUUCAAGAUGCCGAGUAUCAAGCUCCAGAGCAGUGAUGGUGACACGUUCGAGGUGGACGUGGAAAUUGCCAAACAAAGUGUCACCAUAAAAACCAUGUUGGAAGACCUUGGAAUGGAUGAGGAUGAGGAGGAGGUUGUUCCUUUACCCAAUGUGAAUGCAGCUAUCCUGAAGAAGGUGAUCCAGUGGUGCACUUACCACAAGGACGACCCACCUCUCCCUGAUGAUGACGACAACAAAGAGAAGCGCACUGAUGAUAUUUCUUCCUGGGAUGCUGACUUCUUGAAGGUAGACCAAGGGACACUGUUUGAACUCAUCUUGGCUGCUAAUUACCUGGACAUAAAGGGACUCCUGGAUGUGACCUGCAAAACUGUGGCCAACAUGAUCAAGGGCAAGACUCCUGAUGAAAUUCGUAAGACUUUCAAUAUCAAGAAUGACUUCACGCCUUCAGAAGAGGAGCAGGUUCGCAAAGAAAAUGAAUGGUGUGAAGAAAAGUAAAUGAUCCACUGUAUAAUCUUGUUCUGUCAGUUAUUUUCUAUUCUAUUGGGAGAGAAUCUGCCUUUUUGUGGUGAAAAUGCAAUUCAUUUUUGUUUGCUUGUUGUAAUAAGGAAAUAGCUUAGACAUUCACUUCAUUUAUUAUAAAUUGCAGCAAGUAGGGGUUUUUAGUUAGUCAGAAGUAAUAGUAAUCAAGCAUUCAUAAGACUAUCCAUGGAUAUGUAAUGUGUCUAAGUAUUUUAUGUGUUAAUAUGUUUUUCAUAAUCUGGCUGGGCUCAUAAACCAGUGUAUCAAAACAUGUCUUGGUGAUGCAUAUUAAAUUAUUACUAGCUUACCAAACAUUAAACAUGGUACAAGAGGCCUGCUAUAGGCUUUAAGAUCCAAGGAUUUUAGGAAGAUAUGAGCUAAGCCUCUAAGGAAAGCUGGAGUCCUGAGGUGGAAAUGUAAUGUUUCUUAAUCACUGCAAUAAUUACAACUUCACCUCAUAAACAUUAACGAAUUUCAUUAGCUUCCCACUCCUUAGAUCCUCCAUUUUUACCUCACCUAGUAAUUAAGCUUCAGAAUCAACACAAAUAUUCCAUUUUUACUUCUGGCUGAGAUCAGGACAGAUAUUGAUUGAAAUUUGUCAUUUCUGGCUUUACCCUUGUAUAAGAAUGUAAAGGUGUUCUAUAUUGUUUGAGAAUGGUGAACUUAAGUACAGGAGUUUCAGAAGUUAUAUGGAUCUCAAUCUUAGUAUGCUGAUUAAGAAUAUGUUGGCAAGAAGAGGAAAGUGCAUAUUGCAAUUUCUCUCUCUCUCUCUCUCUCUCUCUCUCUCUCUCUCUCUCUCUCUCUCUCUCUCUCUCUCUCUCUCUCUCUCUCUCUCUCUCUCUCUCUCUCUCUCUCUCUCUCUCUCUCUCUCUCUCUCUCUCUCUCUCUCUCUCUCUCUCUCUCUCUCUCUCUCUCUCUCUCUCUCUCUCUCUCUCUCUCUUGCUCUUUAAGUGUAUAUGUAUAGUGCAGUCCACUGUGGUAUUUAUGAUAGUGUUUGAUAAAUUAACAGAUCAUUGGGAAUGAAUUAAAGUAUAUAAUGCUUAAAUGUGAUAACAUCCAAACUGUUGAAAUACCUUUCAAAAAUUGCAAUCAGUAGGAUCCACACAAUAUGUAAUUUGUAAGGAAGGGACUAAAAGGAAAUUGCUGCCUGGUCUGCAAGAAAUAGGCAAAUAAAAGAGAGAGAGAGAGAGAGAGAGAGAGAGAGAGAGAGAGAGAGAGAGAGAGCUGAAAUCAACAUAGUAAUUGUAGAAGCACUGUAUAAUAAAACAAUAGUUGAAAGUCCAGAAAAUUGAAAAGGACAAAAUUACAAAGAAAGAGGGAGGGAUUUUGUAGAUCAGACUCUUGAUCUGAGUGAGCUGAUUAAGAGUAUGUUAGCAAAAGAAAAAUGCAUGUUGCAUUUAUGAAUCCAGGGUGGGCAUGACUGAAGCAAAGUUGGAUGUGUUAAAGGUUUAUACAUUGUGUGGAAAAUUGCUAACUGAUGUGAAAAAUUUAAAGAUUAUAGUGCCUCUGCCUUGCUGGAGUGAGCAACAGGUAUGAGAAUAGAUAGAUAAAGCUUCUAAUAUGCAAAGGUAAAUAAGAUUUCAUUUUUGUCUCUUGCAGAAAUGUUUAUUAGUUAUCUAUCUAUUCUUUAACUUGUGAAAAAGGGUGCAGGGCUCUUUGAGCAUGUGCUUCAGACAUAGGUGGAUAUAUAUAUACCGUCAAUAAAUUCUCAGUAAUACAGAUGUAAAAUACUUCUUUAUUUCCAAUAACAGUAAUUUCUUGCAUCUGUUGCUGAGUUUGAACCAGAUUAUCAAGAAUGGUUUUGUAUCCUUUACUUACUUCUGUAAAGAUUUUAAGUUAUUUCAGUACCAUUCUGGUGGUGAUCACAUGGUAUCAUUAAGAUCUGAUAUGCUCUUUGUGAAAUAUAAAAGAUAUUCCUGCUACAAAA